AUGUCAAGUGAUCGAGAAAAAUUACUUGAUGAUUUUAAGAAAAUGGAUAUUAGUGCAUUUCAACAUUACGACUCAGAUAGGAUUCUUAAAAAUGCAGAUAUUAUAAAUAAAGCAUAUCAAUUUGCUAAAUCAGAUGAAAGAACAAAAGAUCAAUUGCAGGACCCAAAUGAUUUUCGAGUUCCAAAGUUUCCUUACUUAGUCAGCUUAGAUCCCGAACAUAUGUCAAGUAUAUUUAUUCUAUUUCCUGGAUUCGAUCGUGAAAUUAAGCGAGCUGUUCAACAAGUUGUUUUAGUUGAAAUUGAAAGUAUCAACACGUAUGAAGAAAUCUUUCAACUAUUUGGCAACCCAAAUGGCCAAGCUCCUACUGACAUGAAAAUCAAAAAACUGUAUCCAAAUCUGAGUUUAGGAAAAUUUUUAUUUACUUUCGACGUUUAUAUCAAAGCGGCUUUCCUCUCUCAAUAUGGAAAGGUUUAUCGAAAAUUAUAUUAUGUCUACUCGCCUUCGUUUUUAACUGAUAUAAGCCCAAAAAAUAUUUAUCUAGUAGGUGAACAGUAUCAAGAUAACGAAUUCGUUAGCCGAAUAUAUACAAAAAUUAACUUGAGCGCAACAUUCCUAAAAGUUUAUUUCACAGAAGAUUAUUAUCCUUUAAAUUGUAUCACAGUAAUUCCAUACACCAUUUAUUCUUUCUUCAAGUCUUGUUUUCGCAUUUCAAGCAAUAAAUAUGCGAAAUUGAAAGAUAACUAA